ACGUUGGCUAUAAGAAGCUAAGAGUCACUGUAGAACGUGUAGUGAUAUAUUGGACUUGGAUAGGCUUAUGCUAGUUGCAGAGCGUUAAGUUGUUAUACCAUUAUCGGGAAGAGGCAGAUCUAAGUGAAUACAACAGAUUGGAGAGCAGUUUUGGCUUUGAUACCAAAAGUAACUCUUUUAAGGAAUACUCAGGACAAUGGACCUAUUCAUAACUGCAACAACAACAUCCAAACAACUACAAAUAGUAGGAACAACACUUCUGCUCGCUUUCUUCUUCCUUGCUUCACAAAUAGGUCACUCAGAUGCUAGAACACUUUCAACAGAUGAAGACUUUUUCUCAGCACCCAUUAUCAAAAGAAACACAUGGUGGACUAAAAAAUCAAUUGAUGCUAUGGACACAAUGCCACAAACAAACUUCGAUCCCCAAGAGUCACAAUAUGGUAAAUGUCAAGAUGCAAUUGAAGUUUACUCAUGCUACGUAGGAAGAUGUGUUCAAAGUUUCGUCACAUGUGCACGGCAGGCUGAAACAGAUGAACUAUUUAGCGCGUGCAAAAUGCUCCACAAAAUGUGUGCCUCGUCCUGUUCUAGUGGCAAUCAAAAUGACUUCAUUAGAUUGUGACCGUAUCUAAAGUGACAUUCCGUCCUACUGUUGGACAUAAUGUCAAUUGAUGUGUCGCAGCGCCUUUUCUUUGAAAUAAACAUUCGAUUUUGUUAAUGUUUGAGAAUAAUACAUCUAUUUAUUUUUUAUUAUUUAAAUAAACAUCUGAAUCAUGGACUAUAAUACUUCAUGGUAACAAGAAAUGGCGUAAAUAAAAUCGCAGGAAAACAAACGCUUAUUUUUGUUGUUGAAUAAAUCAAUACGAUAUUGUCUUCAAGAAAAUAAUACCAGGUACUAAAAAUUAUAUCAUAACUUUUUCUGCCAAUGGUAUUACAUUAUGUUACCUUUACUCCAUUUUAUACAUAUCUAAAUAUUUAAAAGGCAGAUUAUUUUCUGUUUUGUUUCAUAAAAUAUUCAUUCUAAUCGAAAUUGUCUUAUUUUACCACAUUAAGAUAUUCUAAAGUUUUGCAAAGCACCCAUAGAUUAAUGAAAACAAACAAUUAAAUGGCAAUGUGAUUAAAACACUGAAGUGAAGUUAAAUUGUUAAUUUACGGCAAUGUAAAGACUUGUAAUGAGUUUAUAUUUAAUUCUGGUAUUUCUUCUAUUUACCUUGAAAUGCGAGCUGCCACAAUUUCUUGUGAUGAAGGUGUCACAAAACAGUUUAUUUUCAAAUUAUAGUCAUGCUGAAUAUUUUAUACAAAAUGAAUUUAAUUAUUUACGCGAAAUCUCUUAAUUCAAUGCAGUCCUGAAGCAUUUUUUAGUUUCCUGUGUAGAUCUAUAUGCUAUAGUUACAGUUGCUUAAAGAUCAAACAUUCUUAACUCUAUAUAUUUCUAUUUUAUCUUUAUAUUUGCGUCGUUUCCGAUCCAUUUUCAGUAAUUUGGCAGCCAGUUCUGUGUGUAAAUACAGCCGAUAUUUUGUUACAGGUAACUCUUUUUCAACUGAUACACCUAUGACGACAAAUCUGUUGUAUAUAAAACUUUUCAUGUUUAGAGGUUGAGCACGAUCAAGCAUUUACUUGUUUGUUAGUAAAACUAAAGAGGAUAAAGCAGCAAAGAUCUAGGUAAAUAAUAUAACUAUUCUUUGGUGAAAUGCUGAAUGCUGUUUGUCAUUAAGUUCAAUAAAUAAUCCAUGUAUAUGGUGUGUUCAUUUCCGUGUUUUACUCUAAACUUUAAUUGCUAUUUAUGGGUUCUGUUCUAUGGAAAAUAUAAUUGUAAAGAUAGUAUCUUUAUUCUCUCUUCAACAGAUGGUAGUAAUUUUGUCACAUAUGUAGGGACGCAAUAUAGACUGAAAAUAAAUAAUUAAAUAAAACUAUCA